AUGGACGCGACGUUCCGCUUCCAGCCGCGCGCCGCUUUCCAUGCCGCCGCCAGCUGCGACCCCCUUGAAAACUCCGUCGCGCCGCCAUUCGCCGAAGCCCAAAGUUCCGCGGUGCUCCAAUCUCUGCAACUCUCGGCGAAUCAGCCGCUGCAGAAUCAGCAACAGCAGCAGCAGCAGCAGCGGCAGCAGCCGCAGCAGCACUACCACCACGUGGGACAAAAUCUCGAUCUCGUGUCCCCGCAACCGCCGCCGCACCGUGCGGUGGUGCAAGAACAGGAGCCCGUGGGUGGGAAAGAGGCGCGCCAGCGGUUGUCGCAAGCAUCGCACGCGCGCAUGAUAACAGGAGGCGACGCGCGAGCCGCUCAAGAAACCGACCAAUGGACUAGAGCACCAGCGCGAAUCGCGCCGAUCGAUGGAGGCCGCGUCACUGCCAGUGGCUCUGCCUCCGACUCGCACGACUCGUCCGCGGACUAUUACUAUUCCCGACACGGCGCGCAAGGCGGCGUCGCGUCUGAUGUUCGUGACGGGGAUACUAACCAUCCUGGAGCGGCGUCAAGGGAUCUGCGUGAUCACUUUAUGAUGUCAUUUCCCCCACCGUCAUAUGAGCUCUCCUCCGCGCAUCUGGCGCACACCAUGAUGCGCCCGCCCACGGAUUCCGCCACUCAGCGCCACAUGGAGGCCUCCGCGCGCCACACGCCCCCUCAGGCGCACUCCCCGCUACAGCAGUCCCCGCCAAUGAUGCAGUCUCUUUUGAAUCACAGUGAAUCGGAGUUUCGAGGAGACGGGCUGUCUGCUCACGGAAUGUCGACGCAGGCGCCAUCUCUCCAGGACCAUCCCUUCAGCUUCCCGAGCCUAUCCACACAUUCCUUCCCGGACCAAGCUGCCACUGGUUCGGCACCAUACCUCUCCCACCACAUAAACCACACCCUUCCAAUGCACCCGGCAACGCAACUCGAAGGGUACCCAAGCCAGGCACUGGGGAAUGUUUCUCUGCUGAUGUGGCAAUCUUGGGAGGAGGAGGAGGAGGAGGAGGAGGAGGAGGAGGAGGAGGAGGAGGAGGAGGAGGAGGAGGAGGAGGAGGAGGAGGAGGAGGAGGAGGAGGAGGAGGUGGAGGAGGUGGAGGAGGAGGAGGUGGAGGAGGAGGAGGAGGAGGAGGAGGAGGAGGAGGAGGAGGAGGAGGAGGAGGAGGAGGAGGAGGAGGAGGAGGAGGAGGAGGUGGUAACCAGCGUAAGGAUGCUCUGA